AUGGAGGCUCCUGGUUUUCUGGAGCGCUUCAUUGGUCAGUCCGAAACCAUCUUUCCCGACGGAGACUUAUACGUAAUUCUCGUCGACUCUCAGCACAUAAUGCUCGGUGGCUUCCGUGUUUCCUCCCAGAUCUGUCGGGUUAUUUCGACAGCAUUUGCGAAGUGGAUCGAUGCAGCGUUCACCGUCAAGGAUGGCUGCAAGGCCUUCUGCAUCUUCCUCGCCCCUGGGUCAUCGGGAAUUGACGGGCAAGCCCUCCGCUGCAUACUUUCGAUCAUGCACCACGCCAAUAUUGAUCAAUACAAUGAGCUCGAAGUCGGAGAGCUGCUUCGAGUCUCGGAAGCCAACCUUGUCUUGAAGUGCAACAACGCGCUCGCACCGCGGAUUGGCAUCUGGUGCCAAAAAGCCAUCCGGGCCAUUACCGACAAGGAACAGCCACCCGUUGUGGCGCUUGGAAUGCUUUUGAAGUCAGCGGAUAACUUUGGGGCCAAAGACGAACUCGUGAAGCUGAGGCAGUAUGCUAUUCGCAAUCUUCCGAUAUCUUUCCGGGAAGUCUGGGCCCAAAACCCACCGCUCAUAACUCUACAUAAGUGCAAAUCUCUCGGUGGGCUCCAGGUUGAUAUCAACGACCGAGUGGUACGAGCUUUCUCGCACAUUUGGUCCUUCAAGAGCCUCCUAGACACCCGCGGUGAAGGAUAUAUCACCACCAAACGGCUCUGUCUCAGCUGCGGACGACGACACCCGUCUAACGCCAAGGUAUGCCACCUUUGUCGCAACGGAACACUGUACGAUGAUGUCUGUACAAGAAACUCUCGAGUCGGCGAGUACUUCAAGCUCCUCGCGCUCCAGACAUUGUGGCCCAUUGAUGUUUGGAGACAGGAAAACACCACGCUCUGGACAAUUGCUCAGCGCGUCAAAACAUUGGCGAGCGACAACCCGCAUAAUUGUAGCGGCGGUUCAAAAUGCCCCCUGGUUGUCCAUCUGAACGCUCUACAAGUUAAUUUGAAGCGAAUCCGCUCCGGAAACGAAGGAGAGGCACGAAAAUUUUAA